CUGAAGAUCUGUACUUGUCCAGUUCCUUCAUCACCCUCCAAAUUGGAAAAAAAUAAUAAAAUGGCCAUGAAAUUCGGAGGAGCGAUGGUACUUGUCGUGAUAGCUUCAGUGACGAUCGGAGCUUCAGUGGCCUAUCCAGGUUGGAACAACAAUAAUGGCUAUGCUUGGCCUCCGAAGCAAUACGACGGUCCCACUGAGGUGCCUCCGAAGAAGGUUGUCGUCGGAGGGUCCGAGAAUUGGCAUUUCGGAUUCGAUUACAGCGCCUGGGCUCACAAAAACGGCCCCUUUUACGUCAACGACACCCUCGUGUUCAAGUACGACCCACCGAGCGACAAAAACACGCAUCCACACAGCGUCUACGUGUUCCAGACCUUCUGGAGCUACAUGAGGUGUGACCUCAAGAGGGCGACCAUGGUGGCCAAUGUGUCGGACGGGGCGGGAGAUGGCUUCGAGUUCACCUUGAGCCAGAAGUGGAAGUUUUACUUCUUUGCAUGCGGUGAGAGCGGCCUCCACUGCUCCACCGGGAAGAUGCGGUUCUCUGUGGUGUCGCUUCCUCGCCCCUGGAAGUGGCACGGCUGAUUGGCCCCGAUAAGCCAAGGAAGAGGCAGUGCCAAUGCUUGUUAUGUAACCGAAGUUACUGUUUUCUUUUCUUUUUUCUAUUUUCCUUUUCAAUUAAGUUCAUGGUAUGAUUAUCUGUCUCUGUUGAAGUUACAUUGGGCUGUUAGAAAACAAUAACUUAUUUCGGGUUUGGAAUAAAUUUGUGACUGAUUCCAAGUAAACGAAAUAAAGAAACGUGUUUUC